ACCCAAUUCACCAAUGGCAGGAAGUCCAAACACUGGAAUCGCUCGCUUUCUUUUUCGCCAAACAGAAUCACAAAUACUCCCAAUUCCUCAGAUGAUAGUAAACCUCUAAGCGAUCCCAACGAGCAGCGGAAUAGAGAAAACAGAAGAAGAAGAGGAAGAACCACAAUGUUUCGAAUCACAAGAGCUAGACCUCUGUCGCCACUGGCUCACCAAUUCCUUCAACGAUGUUCUGUUAGCGGAACAGCCAAAGGCAAGGGCAAAAUAAAAGAUGGUCAGCCCAAGAAACGCAACAAAAUCUCAGCUAAGAAAGGCUCCAAAGGUCAAGAUCCUUCUAAAUCACCUUCAUUCUCGCGUCAGGACGCCGAGAAGUACCGGUUAUACGAGGAAUGCAUCAAUGCCCCUACUCCAGUUCGUUUCCUCAAGCCCAAAGAACGAGCCCGUGAAGCCGAGCGCGAGAAGUUGGGGCUUGAAAGCCAUGAGAGGCGGCGAGAGAAAGAAAUUCUCAAGAAAGGAGGGAGGCAAGCCAUGGGGAUCCCUGAUGAGCCAAUGAUGAUGGGUACUCCUGGAUUCGACCUUAUAGCUCUUGGAUUGGUGGAUGUGGAUAAGAUACCCAAGUAUGAGCUCACUGAGGAGGAUGGGAAGAGAUUGGCCAAGGAGUAUAGCAGAGUUUUGAUGAGGAAGCACAGGGCCAGACAAGCAGCUGAGUCGACCCUCUUAAGGUUGAAGAAGGAGGCAAUUGAAGCAUUGCCAGAGAAUUUGAAGCAGGCUGCUUUAAUUCCAGAUUUGACGCCGUUUCCAGUGAAUAGAUUCAUGGCGACCUUGACUCCUCCAAUUGAAGGUUACAUUGAGAAGGUUAAGGAGGCGGCGAGGCGGAGUUCAGGGAAGGAGAAGAUUAGAUAAUGUGGAGCUGUCCAACAAGCGAUCGUAUUUUGUGUGGAAAAAUGGUUGUAUUUCAAAGCCGGAAGGCUUCUUUUGCAGUUUCACAAAAGCAUUGAAGCAUUAAAGACCAAAUGCAAUAAUCAUGUAAAAAACUAUAACUCUAGUUCUUUCAGUACUUGACAACUUUGAAUUUCGUUGGCUUUCGCUUAUCAUCAAUGCCGCGGUGACACAAAUGAUUCUGCUGAAA